GAUUUGGCGAAGGCAGUGGCUGUGCAGUGUGUUGCACGGGCCCCAGCCAUGGGCAAGUUCUUCAAAGGCAUCGCAUCCUCCGGUGCUUGGUGCUGCUUCGACGAGUUCAACCGCAUCAACCUCGAGGUCCUGUCCGUGGUCUCGCAGCAGGUGCAGACAAUCCAGUUCGCCAUUCGAGACAAGAGGGAGACCUUCUGGUUCGAAGAGAUGGAGAUUAGGUUGGUGCCUUCUUGCGCGGUGAACAUCACCAUGAAUCCAGGCCUUUUCCGACAGUGUUAUGCGGGGCGAUCGGAGCUGCCGGAUAACCUCAAGGCUGGCUGGCAGUGGGCGGGAUCGAACUCCGUCUCCGACCAUUUUUUGCCUGCGAAGGCACUCUUCCGGCCUUGUGCCAUGAUGGUCCCAGACUAUGCCCUCAUCGGUGAGAUUGUCUUGUAUUCCAACGGAUUUGAGGAUGCCAAGAAUCUGGCCCGAAAGGCUGUGGGCAGUCUUCGUCUGAGCUCCGAGCAGCUGUCUUCGCAGGAGCACUAUGACUUCGGCAUGCGGGCGCUGAAGUCGAUACUUGUUCGAGCCGUGGGCUCGGUCUUGGCACUGUCUGCGCUGAACGAUGCAGGGCUCUUGGAAGAGGUGAACCUGCCUAAGUUCACCCGAAAUGACAUCCCGUUGUUCCUGGGCAUCACCGGCGACCUCUUUCCAGUCGAGCUUCCGCCCUCCGACUACGGCGUGCUGAUCAACGAGCUUGAGGGUUCGGCCCGCAGCCUUGUUCUGCAGCCAGUGGACGGCUUCAUCAAGAAAUGCAUACAGCUCUGGGAAACCAUUAUGGUUCGACAUGGCUUGAUGUUGGUGGGCCAGACCGUCCUGGCUGCAGCACUUGCGGCCGUAGCCGAUGGCGAGAGCUAUCUGCCAGUACUCAUCCACAAGAUCAAUCCAAAGCGCCGCCCCGAUUUGAGGUCCAUUACGCAGGGCCAGCUGUACGGUGAAAAUGAUGACGGCAUUCUGGCUCUGACAGUGCGCCAUGCUUCAGCAGCGGAGCAAUCCAAAAGGUGCGAACGAUUGCCGGACCGGCUCAAGGACCAGGCAGCCUUGCUGCAGGAGCUGAUGGACUCCUGCCUGGAUGCUGUCUUCGAGAUGGUCUCCAGAAAGGUGUCGAAGCCGGUGCCUGUGAGCGUCAACUGGCUCGUGCUGAACCUCCUGCACUUGCUCUGGGCGCUCCUGCAGGCAGAGCUACCACUGGAUCCAAGCACCAAGGACGUGGCCGUGAAGGAGAAGGAAGCGAAAGUCGAGGCAGUGCCGAGCAGUCUUCGGGAUGGUAUUCAGUCAGUGCAUGUCGUUGCCCUGCGCAUGCAGUUUCUGCGCUUCGUAGAGGAAGCAACUAGCUCUCUUCGAGUCUUUGUCACGGUGAUGUCAUUCACCACAGCGCCAUGGAAAACGCCGCUGCAGAUGGCGACGGUGCAUGUCAUGCAGAUGAGCUCUUCAAUUUGGGCAAUAAGCUGGAUGAAGAAGGACGCUACGAAGAGGCAGCGGAAGCGUACCAGCGCAGCGCUUCCAUCAGUGAGGAGCACAGAGCAUCAUGUGUUUUUGCAAACCUUCACAAAGGUGAGGAACUUGGGCUUUGCCCUGCGAAGCAUGGGGAAACUGGGCCAAGCACGAGCGGCUUGGCGCCGGGCACUGUGCGGCGCGGCCGAGGUGCGCUCACGGGCCGUUCUGCUGUCCUCCGGAGGCUUGUGUACAGACCCGGAGGCCGUCUUGAAGCUCGCUGGAGUGCUUCGAAGCCUUGAGAUCUAUGCCACGGUCUUGCCAGGGCUUCUGCCAGCUUCGGAGCUGCACCACCUUCGCUUCAAGUCGGAGUCCGAGUGUCUCAGCGAGGUCUUCGAUUCCUCCGAGUUGACACCGGAACCCUGGGUGCGGCUGCUUUGCAUCGGCGAGGCGUUGCCUCGUGCAGAAGUGGCAGCUUUCGCUGCAGAGGUCAGCGCCAUGCUUGAUAUCGGCUUGCUGGAGGAAGUUCUGCCCGGGCACUUGGCAUCAGGUCUGCAGCUCUAUCCCUUCAGAGGCCUCGCCCUACUUACAGACUGGUCCAGCGUGACGCUGGGGCCACCCGGUGACGAGCCGGUGAUGGCCAUUGGCACCGACUCCCUGGAGCUGUGCCUGGCGCUCUCUCCGGGCGAUGAAAAGGCGAAGUCUGACCUCAGCGGCCUCAGGGUGCUGGACCUCUGCACAGGCAGCGGCAUCGCUGCGCUGCAUGCCCUGCGCUGCGGAGCAGAUGAGGCAGUCGCGGUAGAUCUCAGCCCGCGCGCAGCAAGCAUCGCGAAGGUCAAUGGCCUCAUCAACGACUUGGGUUCCAGGCUGACCGUUUGCCAGGGGAACCUCUUUGAGGCUAUUGAAGGCAUUGCAGACACGCGUGGCUUCGACUUGAUCGUGGCAAAUCCACCAUUCGUUGCGGCCCCGGAAAACGUAAAAGCUUCUCUCUACGUCCAUGGAGGCCGCGACGGCCUUGCGGUGACGAGGCGCUUCGUCGCCGGGGCCUGCGAUCACCUGGAGUCCCAAGAUGGAGCCCUGGUCAUGAUCGGCGAGUUCCCGAACUUGUCCACCGAGGCGCUUCCACCUUGGCUUCCAGAUAGACCUGGCUGGAGCCAUGCCGCCUUCUACGCCGAGGAGCAUCGCCAGAGUGCGGCCGCCUAUGCCGCCGACCGCGCGAGGCCGCCAGCAUCGGAGCCUCUCUGGACCAGCUCGCUGCGUGCCGCGGGAGUGGAGGACAUGAUCUCGGCUUUGAUCGUAUCCUCCUUCGAUGCUUCGAGGCGCGAGGCUUGGUUGGCUCCAAGGGAGAGCAAGGCCAAAGGUCUGUAUCGAGCACAGCCACUUCCAGUGCUGCCUGGGACUGCUUUGUUUGGCCUGCCAAAGAUGCUGACCAAUCCUGGAUGGGAAGCGAGCACGAAGCAUGGAUACGUGCGGAAGUGCAGCAGUCUGGUGUGGAGCUUCGGGUGCGUCACGGACAGCGAUGGGAGGAAUGUGCUCGAGCCCUUCCUCCGAAAGUUGGCCUCAGGGCACACGCAGGGAAUGAAGGAGGAAUUCGGGCUUCUCUGUGACGAGCCGGCCCAACGUUCUUUGAAAAGCGGGUCGCCGCCCUUCCCGGAAGAAGGCGGCGUCUUUGACUUCUUCCCUGUGGGACCGAGCUGCAAGUGGGAGCCCUGGAGCAAGAAGAUCGGCACUUUCGAGAUCCCCAAAGAUGCACAGGCGCACUCGCUCAUCGUCCCCACCUCUGACACCGUGAGGAAUGCAUUCUUCCUCCAGAUGCUGAUCAAGGCAGAGUGCCACGUGCUCUUUGCAGGCCCGACGGGGACUGGCAAGACGGUGGUGAUCCAGCAGCAGCUUCUCAAGGGCUUCGACAGGGAGAAGUACAACACGUUCGCCUUUGCCUUCAGUGCCCAGUCCAGUGCAAACCAGACGCAGGAUGUGAUCGAUGGCAAACUGGACAAGAGGAAGAAGGGCUGCUAUGGCCCACCCUUUGGAAAGCGCUGCCUCGUUUUCGUGGACGAUUUGAACAUGCCGGCGAAGGAGAAGUAUGGUGCUCAACCCCCGAUCGAGUUGCUGAGGCAGUGGAUGGACACCAGUGGGUGGUACGAAAGAAAGACCUGCGAGUAUCGCCAAUUGGUGGAUUUGAACUUCAUUGCUGCACUCACCCCCAGUGCUGGUCGGCCACAAAUCACCGCACGCUACUUGAGGCACUACAACUACUUCUACGUCUUGCCCUUCGAAGGAGAGAGUCUUCACCGAAUCUUUCAGACAGUUCUGCAGUGGUACCUGGCCAAGUUCCCGAGUCAGGUUGGUGCACUCAGUGGGAACGUCGUCCGGGCAACUGUCGACAUCUACCAUUCGAUCUCGGCCAACAUGCUGCCCACGCCCGCCAAGUCGCAUUACACCUUCAACCUGAGAGAUCUCGCCAAGGUGAACCAGGGCAUCUGCCUCUGCAGCAAGGAGUCUCUGCCGACCCCGGACGACUUCAUCCGAUGCUGGGUUCACGAAUGCCAGCGGGUCUUCCAGGCGCCGCGAGCAGAGGGCAGGCUAAUAACAAUAAUAACAAUAAUAAUACUAAUAAUAAUAGCAGAAAUAGUCAUGAAAAUAUUAAUGGCAUUACUCUUAUUAUGA